GGGUUAUGGAUAUGUUUGAGUAGUUUCCCUGGUCGUUCUCUCUUCCUUCUGUAUAAGUCUUCUUUUAAAAAUUUUAAUUCCUUGUUCGUGAAAGUAAGGUCGGUGGAGUCCGAGUACCCCUUUUAUCUUGAUGACGAGUUGAUAGAACGAUUUCCUCUAUAUUGGUGUUCGGAACCUUGUCAGAUUCUUGAGGCCGUUGAACGAAGUGAGGAGGAAGAGCGAUUGAUAGACUUUUUGGUUGAGAGUUUUGCUUGGGGGGAGUGUCUGUCUAUUCCUGACCUUCUUCGCUAUCAUGAUUCUAGUGAUAUGGAGGGUUUGAAAACAUAUUUAGGUGGGCGAGUUCCUCUCCUUGAUCCGUCACAUCUUCAGACUUUUCUUAAGAAGAAGAAAGAAAAACUUACUGAUGCUUCUUUAGCCGUGAAUGAGGGGGUGGUGAUGUUGCUCAAUCUGUUGCUCAAGCGGCGUCUUCUUUCAAAAGGAAGAGGGAUAAUGUUGAAAAAUCUGUGGAGGUGAUUUCGGAGGAAGUCAGGGGGUUGAUGGAGGUGGCGGGUUUGCUUUUGAUUGGCAGAAGAAACUUCAUGGCUUUAUUCCUGGUUCUGGCUCGCAUUCCUUAUGGAGCGAUCAAUUUGAUUUUGCCAAUCUUUCUGAUAAGGUGUCCCACUAUCCUGGUGACAUGUUGACGACUCGCCGCGUUGGCAUGGAAGCUUUUGGUAAAUUUGUUCAGAUUGUUGCCUCUCGCUUGAUGUGUGUUGGUCGUACCACCGAGCUCAUCGGUGUUGAGCAGCAGGAAGCUGUGAACAAAGUCGAUGACCUGGAGAAGUCGUAUAACAUGAGGAUUGCUGAAUUGGAAAAAGCUGCUAAGGAGAAAGAUGAUGCUGUCAUUAGUGUUGUGGUUAGGUCAAAGGAUUUGGAAGAGGAGGUAUCCCGCUUAAGAGAUCAGAUUCGUCUGUUGCAGGCUGAGGUUAAGGAACAUGAUGUGGCUAAAGGUCAACUUACUUCCCAUGUUCAUGAGUUGGAGGAAAAUGGCAUGGAGAUGUUCUCUUAUGACUUUGAACGAGCUGUAAGUCAGAUUGCUGUUUUGUCCCCGGAGUUUGACAGUGCUCAGCUUGAUAUGACUAAGAUAGUGGUUGGUGGAAAAUUGGUUGUAGAUGGCACUGUGGAGGAGCAUGAUGAGAACGCUCCUCCUUCUUAGUUUGUUUUGUUUAUAUUUUGGAUAUGUAUGAUUGACUCUUUACUUUUUUGGUUUCGUUGACCGAGGUUUGGUCUUUGUUUUGUUGAUACUUU